UCUCCCUCUCCAUUCAAAUCUUCAUUCUACUCCCACUAUGAAACUCCCACUGUUCCUCCUCUCCCUCUCUUUCUCUCUCUUCCUCUCCCAAACAAAAUCCCAACCGUUCAUCACAGAUCUCUAUGCAAUGCUCUCCCUCCGCAAAGCCCUCAACGCCGAGUUCACUCUCAACUGGACCCACAUCAACCCUUGCAAGUGGCCCCACGUCUCCUGCAACAAAUCUCAUCGGGUAACCCGAAUCCAAAUCAACGGCCAAAAUCUCUCCGGUACUCUCCCGUCGGAUCUCCGCAACCUCACAGCCCUCCAACACUUGGAGCUCCAAUCCAACCACCUCUCUGGCCAACUCCCCACCCUCCAUGGCAUGGCCCACCUCCAAAUUCUCCUCCUCCACGACAACCAGUUCACAUCCAUACCGUCAGAUUUCUUCACAGGCCUCGCCUCGCUCGCCGCCGUCUCCUUCGACAACAACCCAUUUUCGUCGUGGACAAUCCCAGAAUCUCUCAAAGACGCGAAGAAACUAGCCCAGUUCACCGCAAGGUCGGCGAACGUCACCGGUGUAAUCCCGGAAUUCUUCGGGUUGUUCUCUCAGCUCAAUCAUCUGAGCUUGUCCUUCAAUUCCCUGUGGGGCCCACUCCCGGGCAGCUUCUCGGGGUCGCCGGUUAAUUCACUGUGGUUGAAUAACCAGGACGGACAUGGGCUGUCGGGAAGCACCGAGAUUGUCGCAAACAUGACUUCUCUGUUCCAGCUCUGGCUGCACUCCAAUGAUUUCUCUGGCCCAUUGCCAGAUUUUUCCAGGUUGAAAUCUCUGAGAGAUUUGAAAUUAGAGAACAACCGCUUCACGGGCAUCGUCCUGAAUUCGCUGAUCAAUCUUCCUUCUCUUCGAGAAGUCUCUCUUGCUAACAAUCUGCUCCAAGGUCCAGUGCCCGUCUUCCCGAAGACGGUGAAAUCGGACGGUGAUAAGAGCAUGACCAGUAACAGGUUUUGCUUGCCGGGCCCUGGGUACUGUGAUCCUCGGGUUGAGAUACUGCUUUUGGUUGCAAAGACGCUGAAUUAUCCGACACGACUUGCUUACCUUUGGAGGGGAAACAAUCCAUGCAGUCACUGGGCUGGGAUCAGGUGUGAUGAUGGUGGGAACAUCACCAUUGUUAAUCUUUCAAAGAUGGGUCUUUCGGGGACUAUUUCUCCUGAUUUCACCAUCUUGCGGUCGCUGCAGAUACUGCUGCUUUUCGAUAAUAAUCUUACGGGCUCGAUACCAACAGAUAUCAUCAGUCUGAAAAAACUUGAGUUAGUGGAUGUUCGGAACAAUUCACUUUCUGGGGAGGUUCCUCGUUUUGAUGGGAAUGUUAAGGUACUUACAGAUGGAAAUACAGCCAUUAUCGAAGAGGAAACCCAUGGGAGUUCUCCAUCGCCUGGCCCCUCUGUUGAAGUGCCAGCCUCUUUUGCUACAGCUUCACCUCCCACCAGCAAUGGAAGCAAAACCAAAGUGGAAGGCAGCAGUAAAAGAUCUUUAGUUCUGAUCGGAAUCAUUGUCAGCUCUGUAAUUUGUUCCGUCUGUGGAAUUCUACUUACUGGGUUGCUUGGAUUUUGUUUCUAUAAGAGGAAACAGCAGCCAAUGGGUAGAGUUCAGAGCUCAAAUGUGACAGUGAUCCAUUCACAGGGUUGUGGGCCUGAUCCUGAUUCGACGAAGAUCACAGUCGAUGGUUCUACUUCCAAGUGGGCAGCCCUGUUUCAGAUUGGGAGUAGGGAGGGCUGGAGCCGUUCAAUUGGAGGAAGAGACUGAGAAUUGCAUUGGAUGUGGCCACAUUAAUAUGAGUUUCGUUAACAUGGAUCUAAAGCCAUCCAGCAUCCUCAUUGGAGAGGGCCUAAGAUCUUGGAUUUGGUCAUGCAUGCCGGAUAAACCAGAUGCGAAAUGUCGACCGGAAAUUGGAUUUUUUUGGAACUUGGGGCGAUGUCCCACUGGUACGUCGGUGAUUUCUACAUCUUAUCUAUGAUUUUUCUCAGAGCUGUAACUAGAAUCAUGCUAUUUGAUUGUUCUCGGCUCUCAUCUCUAAUGAGCUCUUGAAACUAGAAUGUUACUGAAUUGUUGCAACUCAUCCCCUGCAUGUGUAGUAUACAGGUACAUCAAUCCAUCCUAUAAGCGGUGGGUCCCGUUUUGAACGGAGCAAAUGACGAAAUUCACAGUCAGUGGACAGCUGAAAAAGAAUAACGGUCGGUGGUCUGAAUUCAAUAGGCGAGAUGAGGUGGUUGGAUCAUCCUAUCAGUGAGAUUUUCGAGCUCUGCUCCAUCAGCAAUGGAGGCCAUGAAGUUGGAUGCCUGAACCCUAUGAAUGGCCUCGUGUUGUCGGUAGUUGGCCAAGUAGCCCAGACAUGUAGGCCAGGGCUUGGGUCUUUAAACUUGGCCUGAGUCCAGAAAUUUUGCUUGCCAUAAACAAGAAAUUUCUGCUUGUUGCGAUGUGAUUGGGCCACAUCAUCACACAUUUAAUGCAGCAGUGUUGACAACAUCAAUAAUGACGUGGACUAAUCACA